CCAUUGAAUAAUAUAGAAAAUGUGCCCCAGUCAUUCCCCAGGCGAAGCAAAAUAAAAUAAAGCGAACAGCGGAGUGAUCGAUCCCACCACGGCACCAACCUGACCAAGGCAGCAGAUCCACGCAAGCGUGUCACCGUCACCGAUUCCAGCCCCCGGCGAUCUCUGCGAUCUCAGGACAGAUUCGAGCAUUCCAAAUCGAAAUUGCGGGAGGGAUGGCGAUGGCCUUCUUGACGUUGGAAGACUCACCGAUGUUCAAAAAACAGAAUCAACUCAAGGAGAAUUUAUAAAGAUCCCUAUUUAAUAGCCAAUAAGGAACAUGGAAUUAAUGAGUAAUGGAAUAUUUGCAAGGAGAUGGGAGGAGAAAGACAGAUUACAGGAAAAACUGCAGAACAUGAAUGCCAUGGAUGAAAUAGAUUCAUUCAUUGGAGCACACAACUGAUGAAUUGAAAGAUCGUUGUCAAAAACUUCACAAAGGAUGUAAGAAAUUUAUGGCAUCAAUUGGUGAAGCAUAUCAUGGCGAUCUUUCAUUUGCGGAUUCAUUGGAAGCAUUUGGUGCUGGACAUGAUGAUCCUUCCAGCAUCGCUAUAGGAGGACCUGUGAUGUCAAAAUUCAUAACUGCAUUUAGGGAACUUGGGAGUUACAAAGAACUUCUUCGUACUCAGGUAGAACAUAUGCUGAGUAACAGGCUGAUGCAAUUCAUCAAUGUGGACAUACAAAAUGCUAAGGAAUGUCGUCGGAGGUUUGAUAAAGCUUCAGCAGGGUAUGAUCAGGCACGUGAGAAGUUUAUGUCGCUGAAGAAGGGUGCACGUGUAGACAUAGUUGCUGAAUUAGAAGAGAAUCUUCACAAUAACAAGUCAGCUUUUGAAAGAUGCCGGUUUAAUCUAGUUAAUGCACUUUCAAAUAUUGAAGCAAAGAAAAAGUUUGAAUUCCUUGAAUCAAUAAGUGCAGUUAUGGAUGCCCAUAUGAGAUACUUUAAGCAGGGAUAUGAAUUAUUGAGCCAAAUGGAACCCUUUAUUCACCAGGUUUUGACAUAUACUCAACAUUCAAAAGAAAUUGUUAAUGUCGAGCAAGAUAAGCUUGAAAAGAGAAUCCAACAGUUCAGAACUCAAAGUGAACUUGCAAGCCUUAGGCCCUCUAGCAAUAUGGAAGCCACUACAAGUGGUGAUGGCAUUCAUGUAUCUGGUUCCAAUUCAUACAAAAACAUAGAAGACCUAAUGCAAUCUACUGCCAAUGGAAAGGUUCAGAUAAUUAAACAAGGUUAUCUUCUUAAACGGUCUUCAAGCUUGAGGGCAGAUUGGAAAAGGCGGUUUUUUGUACUUGAUAGCCAUGGAACUUUGUACUACUAUAUAGAUAAAUGGAAUAAACAGCAGGGUGAUGAUAACCUUUUUCACACUGUUGAUCUUCGAACCUCGACCAUUAAAAUAGAUGCAGAGCAAAUAGAUUUGAGGUUUUGCUUCAGAAUAAUUUCUCCUGUGAAAUCAUUCAUAUUACAGGCUGAAAAUGAAGUAGAUAGAAUGGAAUGGGUUGAGAAAAUCAAAGGUGUCAUUGCAUCACUCCUAAAUUCUACUUUAUCAAAGCAGGGUGUGGACAUGGAUGGUUCUCGCCUUACUGAUGUGAGUGGUGCUGACACCCAAAUGCUGGAAGGAAGUUUGAGUACAAAAGUAAAUGAUAAUGUCUCCAAAAUUCUCAGGAAUAUUCCAGGAAAUGAUGUUUGUGCUGAAUGUGGUGCUCUUGAGCCUGAGUGGGCAUCUCUAAAUCUGGGAAUUCUAGUGUGCAUAGAAUGCUCUGGUGUUCACAGAAAACUUGGAGUACAUAUUUCAAAGGUGAGGUCACUGACUCUAGAUGUUAAGGUAUGGGAGCCAGCUGUUAUGGACCUAUUUUGUGCCCUUGGCAAUGCUUAUUGUAAUUCCGUGUGGGAAGAAUUGCUCCUUUUUCAAGAUCAAAGAAUUGAUGAACAUGAUGCAGACCUAUUGCCAAUCAAGAAGCCUACUCCUAAAGAUGUCAUUUCAAGAAAAGAAAAAUAUAUUCGUUCAAAGUAUGAGGACAAAUCUUUGAUAGUCAGGGAAACAAUCGAGUCUGAUCUUCCUCCAGUUACAGUUCGUGUCUGGGAAGCAGUGAAAACUAAUAAUGUUCAAGUAGUGUACCGCCUUCUUGUGGCCUCAGAUGCCAGUCCUAACACUAAAUAUGAUCAAGUGAACACUGAGCUUGAUGACAUGGUGGAUACAUCGAGUCACAUAUGUAACGAUUUGAUGGAGAGGCAACAAUUUGAUCCUACAUGCCAGAAAAUCAAGGAUUCUGGUGGCUCAGAUAAUUGUUUGCAAGGUUGCUCAUUAUUGCAUCUAGCAUGCCAUGUUGGUGAUCCUGUCAUGUUAGAGCUCCUGUUACAGUAUGGUGCUGAUAUUAAUUAUCAAGAUUUCCAUGGGAGGACACCUCUCCAUCACUGUGUUUCUGCAAGAAAUAAUUCUCUUGCUAAAUACUUAAUUAGGAGGAGUGCAAGCACAUCAGUUAAAGAUGGUGGUGGCUUCACAGCUCUAGAAAGAGCAAUGGAGCGUGGAGCAAUUCCUGACGAAGAAUUAUUUAUAUUGCUUGCUGAUCACUUGUGAUGCCGACGGUUGUUCUUGCAAAUUAUCAUUGGUAAGUAAAUGAUUUAUGCAAUUUGAAGGAAUCACAUUGAGGUAUAUGCUAUUUGGUCGCCAGCAUCUUGAAGCCAGUGAGGUAUAUCAUGUUCUGAGAAUUUUUUUUCGCCAUUAUUUUGUGACGAUUUUGACGAACGGCUUGAAUAUGAAUCUAUCUCCACUAUUUAUUUAUUUAUUUAUUUAUUAGAAGGGAACAAACACUAUAAUCUAUUUUAUUGAUCAAGAAACACAAUGCAAUUUACGGAGAGCAAAUUGUAAUAUGCUCGUCCUCGUUUA